AUGCCUCAUGUAGGAAAGGGUACAUGGCACCAUUGCCCUGGAUUGGACGGAAGGGUCGACGGAUAUCCCGCCGCCUGCAGAAUUGGACCUCAAAAUUUCUGUAUCACCCACAACAGAACCUGUCCCAAACAUCCGGACUGGUUUUUUACCAUGAACAGAAAAUGCCUACUUUGCCUUAACGCAGAAGCUGCCGAAGAAAGGAGAGAGAAACAGAGAAGGAAGACUCAUGACGGUGAAGAGCCAGAAGAAGAGACAGAAUACACGACUGAGAUACGGACGGAAAUCGUUAAAGGCAAGCGCAGGAAGGUUGAGGUUAAAGCGCCCAAGAACCCAGUUAAGAAGGCCACCCCGAAUAUGAUCAAAAAGAAAGACAAAUUAAAGGAGCAGAGGAGGGCGAAGAGGAUCGAUGUCCUGGCGAGCAAGCUACCCGAUCUGGAUAUGGCUGAGAAUCCAUUGAACGACACCACGGGGAAUCCUCUGCCGAUGCCGACAUAUCAGCAGCUGGUUGAGACAGCUACGGAAAUGGUGGAUAAUAUUCCCUGGAAGGAUCUCCGUCCUAUUCUUGCUGAUGAAGGUGUCUCUGAAAACUCAUUACCUCCAAUUUCACCCGAUCUAUCACUGAAUAAAGCAGUGAUUGGCUGUGUUAUUGUCCGAGUCACGGGAGUCCAGAUUCCCCAUCACAAUUGGGUUCUUGCUUCCGGGGUUGGAACAAAGGGAGUUUUUACGAUGGACUCGAGAUGCGUCUUUUAA